CAAAUCUGUGAACUAUAGUGAACCACACGGAGUUACUGAACUAUGGCACACUGAUUCAAUUUAUUUAGUUCACUUAAGAGUCAACUCUUCAUUUCGACUCGCUCACGAAUUAUCCAUCCCUAUCACAAAAUAGAUUAAAUUUAAUUUAAUCUAUUCUGUGGUAUGAGAAUAAUGCCAAAAUGAAGUGGAUAACCCAUAGAAAAGAGAUAUCGUUUGGCGGAUUUUCCGAAAUGAUAUCACUGAAUAGAUUUAGCACGGAAUAAAGUGGUUAAAAAAUUUUAUAUUUCAGUCUAUUUCGUGACCAUUCCACGGUCAUAAUAUUAUUCGAGGAAGUCAAACAAUCUGUACUCUGUUGUUAUAUUCACUAAUUGCAGUACAUAUGUUGCAGCCUUUAACUGCUGGAAACUUGCCGUAUGACUUAAAACGCUUUUCGUGGGUUGCUCAACUCGCAGAUCGAUUCAAUCAUGACUACCCUCUACGAAAAAUUGAUGAAAAACAUGAAUUCGCCGAUUCGAUAUCACAAAAUCGUCGCUGAGGGUUUAGACCUGGACUAUUAUGAAAGAUUUUUGACUGGCCCUGAAAGCAGUGCGCUAAUGGAGUACAUGGAGAACAAUGUGUGUUACUUGGAUGGCCGAUUGACUCAAGUGAAAGUUUUCGGACAAUACUACCCGAUACCCAGGCAACAGGUCGCAUUUGGCGACGAGGGUGUGUCUUAUAAGUUUUCUGGUACAAACGUGCCAGCUUUACCAUGGCCACAACCGUUGUUUGAGCUGAAGAAUAAAAUAUGUGUUGCCAGAGGAGUCGAUUACAAUUUCGUACUUGUCAACAGGUACAGGAAUGGUGAAGAUCAUAUGGGUGAGCAUCGAGAUGAUGAAAUUGAAUUGGAUAAAAUGGUACCCAUCGCGUCAGUGUCUUUAGGACAAACAAGGAAAUUUGUGUUCAAACAUACUGAUGUUCGAAAGAAAUUAAGACAGAUUGAAUCUGUCAAAUUAGAUUUACAUAAUGGCAGUCUUUUAAUGAUGAAUUGGCCAACCAAUGAAUAUUGGUAUCAUUCGAUUCCUAAAGAAAUAAAAGCUAAUAAUGUUAGACUGAAUUUUACAUUCCGUAAAAUUAAAUGAUUUAAAUUUUUUUCUUAUUACGAUGAAGGUAAUCUUAUGAAUAUAGCUAAUGUAAAUCAUCUUG